GCGACUGCACCAAGGGCGUCGUCUUCGCCCUUAACUGCACACUCCCUCUUGCCGGAGUUUAUCAGAGCGGUGUAGUGUUCAAUCCACGUGUUUAUAUGCCGUCCACUGCGGCCACCACCUCCUUGCCUCGCCGCGCCUUUGUCGCCUGCCUCUACGCGGGCUGCGCGACCGGCAGCUUUUACGGCUUUGGCAUCUACGGCGGAGCCAUCCAGUCUUCGCUCGGGCUCUCAGACGCCUCGUUGGCAAACAUCAACACCGUCCCUUACGCGCUCGGCUUUGUGAGCGCGCCGCUCGCGGGGCGCGUGACCAAGGCCUUUGGCCCCGCAGCCGGCCUGCUGCUCGGCGGCGCCAUCCAGGCCGCGCUGCAAGUUGCCAUGUAUGCGAUCGCCACCGGAGCCGCGCCGACCGGAGCGAUCGACCCGGGCACCGCGCUCGUGCUGUGCGCCUGCGUAGUGUACGUCGGCGGACAGCUCAUCUCCUCGGCCGCCUUCUCGACGCCCGUGCUCCACUUCCGGCGCAAGCGCGGUCGCGUCGUCUCUCUUGUCAAGGCUUUCGUCGGCCUGUCGGGCGCCGUCGUCUCGCAGGCGUACGUGGUCGCCUUCGGCGUGCCCUCCCGCGAGCCGGGCGCGCUGCGCUGCCUCCUGAUCUGGGCGGCCAUCAGCGCCGGCACCUGCUUCUUCGGCGCUGCAUGCAUUCCUCGCAGCCCAAGCCAGCAGUCGCGCGAGCCCGCGGCGCUGCUCCGGCUCUGCUUCUGGCUGCUCCUGCUGCUGUGCGGCGCGAGCAUGGCCGCCUCCCUCGCGCGCACGCAGCUCUCGCUGCCGCAGAUGCUCCGCCGCCCAGACUCGUGGCUGCUGUGGCUCGCCGGAUGCGCCGCCAUCGGGGGAGGGAACUUCUUUGCGACCAACGUCGGCCAGCUGGUCCGCGCGAGCGGCAGCCACCCCCAGCUGGUCGCGCAGCUCGUCACUCUCUUCUCGACGGGGAACAUGCUCGGGCGGCUGGUCGGCUGCGACGCGCGCGGGCGGUCGCGGUGCGGCAUCGUCGUCAUGCUCUGCGUCGGGAUGGCGGCCGCACACGGGCUGCUGCUGGCGGCGCAGCUUCCGGUGGCGCAGCUGCCGCACGCCGCGCGGGGGGAGGUGCUCCACGGUCCGCCAUCGGCGCCGGCGCACACGCACACGCUGCUGCUCGCCGGGGCCCUCCUCGCGGGCACUUCCUUCGGCACCAUCUGGCCGCACCUCGUGGUGCUCGCGUCGGAGCUGUUUGGCUCGGACCACCUGCACACAAACUACCUCUUUUACGACGGCGGCUGCGGCGCCACCGGCACUCUGCUCCUCGCCAACCUGCUGCCGCGCCUCUUCCACCGCCGCGUCGCGGCCUCCUCCUCCGCCUCGUGCGACGCCUCGUGCUUCGUCAAGGCGCACGCCGCCAUCGCCGCCAUCGCGCUCGCCGGCGCCGUCGCCGCCGUCGUCCUCGCGCGCCGCUCCGCGCCCCUCUAUACGCGCAUCGGCCUCUCGCUCGAAAAGUCGCGGCAGAAGCGCCGCGGCAUGACCAAGCGCGCCCAAAGCGCUUGGUCCUUGUCGCAGGCCAUCGCCUCUGGCGCUGACCCCUUGCCCUCGGCAUCGCCCUCGCCCUCGCCCUCGCCGUGACCCUUCCGUUUGCUCCUCCGCCCCAUCCAUGUUUGUGGCUGAGGGAGUGAACGAGAGUUCGGCUCUUCACCUGCACAUCUCUCUGCGCCCCCCGCGCGUACGAUUGUGCGCGCCUC